UUAUGAGAUGGUUCUUACUGAUGAAGCUCUAUCAGUGCCUGCGAGUGAUGCAUCUGCUGAGACUAAAACUAAAUAUGCAAAGUGGAUUAAGGCCAACAAAAUGGCAAUUCUAAUCAUGAGGAGGUCUAUUUCAGAAGAGGUCAGAGGCAGUGUUAUCGAAACUGAGAAUGCUAAGCUAUUCAUGGAAGCUAUUGCAGAAAAUUUCCAAGGAUCCAAGAAAGCUGAAAUAGGCACACUCAUGAGCCAGCUGACAGAUAUGAAAUACAAUGGAGAAGGCUGCAUAAGGACUCACAUUCUGAACAUGGUUGAAAUAGGAAACAAGCUAAAAGCCCUGAAAGUCAAUGUGGAUGAGACCAUGAUGGAAGAACAAAGUAUUAGAAAGGACAAAGGCAAAGAACAAGUGUAUUUCGUGCAGGAUACUAAAUUCAAAUCAAGAGAAUGGACCAAAAACAAGAAUGCAGAUAAGCAGCAAAAGAAAGAUGAGACUGCAAAGGGGAUGGGUCCAGUAGGUCUAAAGUGUUUCUUUUGCAAAAAGUUUGGACACUUAAAAAGAGAUUGCAGGAGAUACAAACGUUGGUUAGAGAAGCAAAAGGGAAAAGGGAUUCAAAACAAAGAGGGUGCCAAACAAGGAUGACUUGAAGGUGUUCGUGGGAAAUGGAGAAAGAGUUAGAGUAGAUUUUGUUGGUUUAGCUAGUCUUGAAUUGGAGUCAGGUUUUAUUUUGGAAUUAGUUGAUGUCGUUUAUGUUCCUUCUAUGACAAGGAAUUUAUUAUC